UUUGCUUUGACAAGCAUAUCUAUGAUUUUAUUUGUGUGCCAUCUGAUUAACGAAAUGAAAGAUCUCACUGAUCGUUUAUACGUCAACUGGAAUGCAUUGGAAACUUCAGAAGAAUACAACAUUAUGAGGAAAUAUGCCAAAAAUGGUAGACGAUACUCUCUAGGAUACUCAUUGUAUUGCUUUGUAGCUCUUUAUCUGUUCCUAUCAAUGUCUCUUAUACCGCAACUGUUGGAUGUUGUAUUACCUCUCAACAAAUCCCGCUCUAUUCUAUUGACGUAUCCAGGAUAUUACUUUGUCGAUGAAAGAGAAUACUUUUUUUACAUCUUCUUUCAUGCUAUCGUAGCCUGGGAAAUUGCUAUGAUUGGAAUAGUCGCCCACGAUUGUAUAUUUGUAACUUAUGUUGAACAUGUUUGCAGUAUGUUUGCUGUAGUCGGGUACGCGCAACUUCUUGAAGAUACGUUUAACGUAUCUUUCGCUAUGCAAAUAUUAAUAGUAACAAUAGGAAUGAGCAUUACCUUGCUACAAGUAUGUAUUCAUUUUAAUAUUUUAGAAUCAAUGAGAUACGCAUUAUACAUUAUUGGUGAACUGAUACAUUUAUUUUUUCUGAGUUUUGAAGGGCAAAAAUUGAUAGAUCAUAGUCUUCAAAUACGCGACAAAAUAUACAAUAAUUGUUGGUAUAAAGUAUCCAUAAAGUCACAAAAAUUAAUUAUAUUGAUAAUGAUAAAGACUCUUCGAUUGAGUUUCUUAAGCGCUGGCAAAAUUUAUAUUUUCUCUUUAGAGAGCUUCACUAUGGUUCUACAAACUUCAAUGUCAUACUGUACGGUACUUGCAUCCUUUCAAUAG